UCGUGUACCAACAAGAAGUAUGUCGACACCGUUCGUGAUUACAUGCUGUAUUAUGUUGAUGAUAUCUUCAGUCCAUAGCCAGAACGCAUGCGCAGACUUGGACACUCAGGCGUGCGUGCGCAUGCAUGCAACGCAACCGGGCCUCUGCGGAACGCCGAUUGCUGAAUCGGCGUGCCCCGAAUACUGUGGAAAAUGCUCCACGCUGCCCCCACAGACAACGACGGUGUUGAUGACAACGACGACAAAGCCGUGUGAGGACAUCGACACGCUGGCCUGUCAAAAGAUGCAACAAAGCAAACCAGACCUCUGCCUCGACGACAGUCUCGCUGAGCUCGCCUGCAAACGAUUCUGUGGAAGAUGCCCUGUGGAGUGUUACUCGUGCCCCACCCUGGUUAGGAGCUUGUCGGAAUGCAGGGCGACGACCACGUGUCAAGUAAGCGAGGCUUGUUACGUGAUGGAAGUCUUUGACUUCGACGCCUCUCAUGGAUUCCGCGCGGGAUGCAUGCCAAAAGACCUGUGCAUUCCACACAAUAACGAGCUGAUGGUUGGUCGAAGUUCGAGCACGGUUCACACCAGCUGCUGUGAUACGGACCGGUGCAACAUCCCGCCAACAACAACUUCUUCAACAACCACCGCGACUACCACUCAUCGAACGCCCAAUCCCCGCUGUUUGGAGCACGAUCACGAUAGUAGCAUCUGUUCUCGGUUGGCUUGUAGCACUCCUGAGAAUAUCCUCCAUUGUCCUAUAAAAUGCGGGCUUUGCCAUAAGUAAAUAAAAACCGAAAUACCGAUAGUCUGUAUGAUCGUCUGUGGAAACGGCGUAGGCCCUCCAACAAUAUGACAAUGUUCUAGUUUUUCAAUGACUUGAGGUCAAUUAACAGUAAACUAUAUGUUAGCAUG